AUGGAACAACCCAAUGCACAAGAAACGAAAGCGCAGACGCCCGUAGCAGAGCAACAACCUGAACAACCUGGCGUGGAGAACCAAGGUACACCACUGGACGAUGCUAAUGUCAGAAGCGAAUCGCCUGAGCCUAUGGAGACUGAGCCCACAUCCGGAUACCUACCCAGAAAUAUGAAACGCAUCUUGAAUCAAGGAAAAUGGGUGUUGGAAACUGAUAAUAUGGAAAAUGAUGCGGACGCGGCCUUGGAUAUCUAUCAGGACCGUGAUACUUUCAAAGAGGACGAAUGCACCGUACAAAUUGUUACGUUUCAUACUGCGGGGGAUCGCUAUAGCGAAUGGGCGGAUCCAGCGACAGACCACGGCGAUAUCCGACGUCGACUGGCAGCAACUGCCGAGGCCAAAGAUACUUGGAGACUGAUUCAUUGUGAAGGUUUACAUGGGCCGACAUUGAAGCUGGUUGCCGAAUGCACUGGCUGGAACCCCCGGGAGUUCUCCAGAGUAUUUACUUGGUCUCGCGCGAGUGUGGAAAAGGUCGAGGAGAGCACGACACCACUGACUUUUAUCCUUUGCACUGGGCGGAACCCUCGCCACAACUUUAUGAAUCGCCUGUGGGACUUUGUGGACAGGGGAGACUCACGUCAGAAAAACAAGGUCUGGGAAGAUCCUUCGCUCAUGCUCUAUGGCAUCCUCCGAAGCAUCAUCUUGGACCUGCGCCAGACCGCAUUCAGAGUGCAGCGUUCUAUGGACUCGGCUUACAAAAAGGCAAUGCAACGUCCUAGCAGGGAUAACUUGGCCUUCUUCUACCAACUCAAAGCAAAGCUCCUAGGCAUCAAACUGGACACAACCGGCUUGAAGAAUGCGGUUACGAAUCUCAAUAUCAUAGCGAAGGAGAUGCAUCGUCGUACGCGAGGAUCAACAGAUAGCGGCGAGCGCCCUCUCAUAUCCCAGAAUACGCGAUAUCUCCUCAAUGAUCAAGCGGGUCUCAUUACUCUUCUUGUAGAAGAGCUGCCGGAUCUAUCUAGUCAGGCAGACGCGGUUGGCUCGCUCGCUUUCAAUACGAUCACAUUCAACACGAGUAACCUUUUACUCCUUUUGACAAUUAUUACAUUGGCAUCAAUACCUUUGACUAUCCUUUCCGGUCUUCUUGGCAUCAACUGGUUUAACGAAAGUCGGUUGGACGGACAUAAGAUUGUUCUCGCGUUCUCCAUCACGGGCGCUAUCAUUCUCCUUCUCGUCGUCUCUUGGCUCCUCAUCUACUUUCCUGUGUUCACCAAGCGCAAGCGGAAGGAUUAUACAUGGGAUGAAGAACAAACCGUCGACUUUGCAAAAGAGUAUCAGUUUGAGGUGCUCGAGGCGGAGAAUAAAAAAGCGAGGGAUCAACUGAGCAAGAAGGAUACCCUGCGUCCCGACGUCUUUGUUAUGGCACCACAAGAUGGACAAACCCGACCUACGUCCCCUCGCAGUCUGUCGCAUAUGUUGCUCAGUAUGGGUCGACAGCCUCCCCUGCGGGCGUUUACCUCGCCAGUUAUCCAGGAGUGA